AUGAGAGAUGCCGCCAUGGCCCGGAGACAGAGGGGGGACUACGGCAAGCACAACAUGAGGCAGUAUCCGGUCUUCGUGCAGCCUCCCGAUGGCCAUCCACCCGAUGACUGCGAGGAUAAUGGAGACCCGAGAAGCACAAAAGACUUCCGGCCUUCCUCUCUUUCUGCCCCGUUUGCCUUCCAAGACCCCCUGAUGCCCAAGCAAUUCUCCAUCCUUCUCAACCUCAUGCCACUCACCGGCCUCCGUCUCGGCGUCGGCACGCUCUCGCACUACUUGUACGAACCAACGCAACCAAAGGACCAUGUUCUCACGGCACAGGCCUCAAGCCAGAGGCUCUUGUCCUUUAUCCCGAGUCGAUAUGGGCACGUAUCGUUGCUCCGCCAUGCAACGGACUGUGUCAUUGCAAAGCUGCAGUACGAAUCACAGCCAGUGGAGCAUAGAUCACCUAAAAGCGAUCUCAAGGCGUUACUGCACUAUCAGAAAGCACUCAAGGCGCUACAACAGGCCUUGCUGGAUGAGAAGGAGUGGGCGAAGCCGGAGACAUUAUGUGCUACGCAGUUGUUGGGCAUCUUUGAGGCACUCAAUGGAAAUGAAAAGGAAAACUCGUGGAUGCAUCACGUCGGCGGUGCGGCUCGGCUCGUAGAGGCUCGAGGCGCGCACAUGUUCCAGUCCGAGUUCGAAAAGGCUCUAUUCCUGGCGCACAUUGGGCCAACAGUAAUGUCGGCAUUCUUGAAUAACACGCCUUGCUUCCUGGAACAAGCCCAAUGGCAAGCCGUCAUCCGAGAAGCCGUCAGCGAAGACACGACGCUCACAAACGACAAGGAGUUCGCGCUCGCACUAUGGGGCGGCCUGAUUGAGAUGCCACGACUGUUCAACAACACAACCGAGCUGCUGCUCUCCUCCUGUCCGCCCUCACAGGAAGCGAUUGACGACCUCACGGAACGUCUAUUGGCGAAGCGCAAGAAUCUCAUUGUAUGGCUGGGUUGGAUACGGGGGAAGCCAAUAGCGCAAGGCGCCGGGCUUCGCGAAGAUGAAUACGGCGUGCUGGUCUUUCCCACCGACUUUGACUACAGGCAACUGGGCCCCUGGUGCCUCACGCGACUCGCUUUGCGGGGGACGUAUGCAGUCUGUCGAAUGGUCAAGUCACGGCUUUUGUACGCCAUUUCCCCUUUCAAGUUCCAUGACCUAGAAACCGAGGCACAGGACAUUGCCCAUCGCAUUCUCAAUCUGAAGGAAGAGAUGGCGGCAUCCAAAGACUCGCCUCUGGUAUGGAGCCAGUUCAUGGCUCAGGGCAGCUGGAUUGCCAAAGGCAUUGUUGAAACGAAGGAUAUGUGGGCCGAAGAGGAGGAUGGACAUCAAGGCAUGCUCAGCAAAUGCAAAUUUGAGAAGUGGAACGAAGCAAUAGGGAGGAAGAUAUCCUGA